GUUUGACUUCCACUAACAGUGAAUGUAUUCCUAAAAGUUCAGACUUGCAAUGUGAUCCCAUCAUUCAGAAGUACGGAGAAAAAAAACAAGGCCUUACUAGCUAUACUCUAACUUUAGAAGAACAGAAAAAUAAUUACUAUCCCAUACAAGGCUCCCCUGGAUGUAAAGGCUAUAUAUAUACAGAGUGUGAUCAGCAGAGGACAGACAGCAGCCCCCUUUAUGGUUUGGAUUGUGAAAUGUGCCUGACUGCAAAAGGGAAUGAAGUCACUCGUGUCUCUUUGGUGGAUGCACAGGGUCAAUGCCUCUUGAAUGAACUAGUGAAACCUGAAGGCGCAGUAGUGAACUACCGCACCAGAUUCUCAGGAAUCACAAAGAAAAUGCUUCUUCCGGUGAAAACAAGACUGCCAGACAUCCAAACCAGACUAAAAAAAUUGCUUCCCCGCGAUGCAGUAUUGGUGGGUCAUUCUCUAAAUGCUGAUCUUCAAGCUUUGGAAAUGAUCCACCCCAGUGUUAUUGAUACUUCAUUGCUUUUUGCCAGAAAUGAAGGUCGAAGAUUUAAGCUAAAAUUUCUAGCCAAAGCUGUUUUAGGGAAGGAGAUUCAGUGUGAACAGAAGCUUGGGCAUGAUCCUGCAGAAGAUGCUAGAGCUGCAUUGGAAUUGGCUCAAUUCUUUAUUGAGCAAGGACCAGCAAAGGUAGCAGAACUAAACUUGGAGAAGCUUCUGACAACUGAAAAACUGGCUGAGGUCUCACAGAAUAAAGCUGCGUUACAGCCACAAGGAUGUAGGGCCAGGAAACGGCUGAAUGAGCUUCCACGUUUAUCCAAACCAUGUUUUUUAGACUGCUUGCAGGUGACUGGCCAAAAGCCCCUCCUUUUGGGCAGACAGGAACUAGACUCUUCUGGCCUGCGUCAGAGUAACCUGAGCACUUCAAACAAACAGAUUCUUCAGAGAGCCUUAGAAGAUGUUCCCCUGUCCACAUUCAGUAUCAUUCAGUUCAGUUUGGAUCCAGAGUAUAUUGCAUCUCACCUUCUUGCUGGACUUUGUGAAAAGGUGAGAAGCAAGCUGACUGACAUGCUGACAAUUUAUGCAGGUCCUUUUGAAGAAAGCUUUUGCCUGAAGUCUGUGAAAAAAGAAUUUGGGAGGUGUGGACCAAUCCAGUCUCUUACAGUGGUAACUGAAACAUGCCAGCCCUAUGUCUGUAUCCAAUACGAAGUGCUGGAAGCUGCCCAGCUUGCUGUGGAAAGCCUAAAUGGAGCUGAGGUAGCAGGAUCCUGCAUUAAGGUUCAGAGACCUGUCACUGCAGCAAUGCUGGACUGUGAUGUUUUGAUAAAGGAACUAGAACUGGAUGUAGAAAAUGAAGGUGUGAUUUAUGUGGCGGGUCUAAAGAAGUCAUUAACAGAGACGGACUUGCAAGAAGAAUUCAGCCAGUUGAAAGACCUGGAAACACUGUUCCUGCCAAAGGAUCUUCAGAGUGGAAAGCACAGGAACUGCUGUUUCCUCAAAUUCCAGAAAUCAGAGAGUGCUGUGAAUGCCCUUGAAGUUAUAAAUGGAUGGACUGUGAAGGGUAGCAGACUAAGAAGUAGGAACGCUCUUGCUUCAGGUCACCUCUGGAGAUGGAUUUGGCAAAUGAAUUGCAGCAAUGGGAAGCAAGGAGGAAACAUCUUACAUGAGAAAAUGGAGCAACUGUCUGACUCUGAGCAGGAUCUAAGGAAAAAGGUGAAGAAGUUAGACCAGCAUAUCAAAAAGCUUUAUAGAAGUCUGCAGAGUAACACCCUGUGCGUUGUUCUCUUUCCUGGCGUGAACAGCACGCAUGGAUCACAAUCUGGCCUUGGUCUGAUGGGAAUAAAAGAUGAUGGAGGGAGGAGUGCUUGUUAAAGUGCCAAGUUUUUAAGCAAAGUCUUUUGUUAAGAUAUUUUUAAUUACUUAAAUAUUGAUGUCUUUGUGAAGAUCUCUUACCAUAAGAACAAUAGGCUUUCACUCUGUAUCUUUUAGAAAGUCUAAAAAUAAAAGCUGUUCAAAACAUC